AUGCCUCAAGUCCGCAAUCCCAUUCUUCCCGGCUUCAACCCCGACCCGUCUAUCCUACGGGUCGGCAAUGACUACUACAUCGCCACAUCCACCUUUGAGUGGUACCCGGGAGUCCAGAUCCAUCACUCGACCGAUCUGGCCAACUGGAAGCUCCUGACAAGGCCGCUAGAUCGCGCUUCGCAGCUUGACAUGCGCGGGGACCCGGACAGCUGCGGCGUCUGGGCUCCGUGUCUCACCCACGACGGCAGCAGAUUCUGGCUCGUUUACACCGACGUCAAGCGCAAGGAUGGCAGCUUCAAGGACGCCCACAACUACAUCGUCUGGGCCGACGACAUCAAGGGACCUUGGAGCGACCCCGUCUACGCCAACUCAUCCGGCUUUGACCCCAGUCUCUUCCACGACCUGGACACGGGCAAGAAGUGGUUCGUCAACAUGAUGUGGGACCACCGACGCCGUCCGCUGCUCUUUGCCGGCAUCGCUCUGCAGGAGUUUGAUCCAGAGGCAGGGAAGCUCGUCGGCCCCAGGAAGAACAUCUACCAGGGAACCGCCCUCGAGCUGACCGAGGCCCCUCACAUGUACAAGCGCAACGGCUGGUACUACCUCCUGACGGCCGAGGGAGGCACGGGUUACGACCACGCCUGCACGCUGGCCCGAUCUCGCGACGUCUGGGGCCCCUACGAGGACCACCCGGACAAGUAUGUUGUCACCUCAAAGGACCACCCUCUGACCGCCCUGCAGCGCGCCGGCCACGGCGACAUUGUAGACACCCCUGAUGGCAAGACGUUCCUGGUUCAUCUGACGGGGCGGCCGACGACUCAACUCCGUCGCUGCGUGCUUGGCCGUGAGACUGCCAUCCAGGAGGCGUAUUGGGCCGACGAUGACUGGCUAUAUGUCAAGAACGGGCCAGUCCCGUCGCUCUACGUCGAGCUGCCGGGAGAGCGCGACGAUACCGAGUACUGGGCCGAACAGCGCUACACCUUUGAGGGGUCACUCAAGGAACUAAACCCGGAUUUCCAAUGGCUGCGCACCCCCGAGCCGGAGCGCAUCGUCAAGAUCCAGGACAACAAGCUGGCGUUGAUCGGACGGGAAUCCAUCGGGUCGUGGUUCGAGCAGGCGCUGUUGGCCCGUCGGCAAACGCACUUUUCCUAUGACGCCGAGACUGUCGUAGACUUUGGCCCCUCUGACGAGCGCAUGUUUGCCGGCCUGACUGCUUACUACUGCCGGUACAACUUUUUCUACCUGACGGUUACGGCGCACAACGACGGGCAGCGGGAGCUGCUGAUAAUGGCGUCGGAAGCGUCGCAUCCCGUCGGCGGAUUGAGGCCGGACCUCCUCCAGCAACCGGUGCAGAUCCCCAAUGAGGGCAAGGUCAGACUCGUCGUGACUGUCAGAGGACGCGACAUGCAGUUCUGGUAUUCGAUGAUGGACGAAAACGAAGGCAAGGACCUGAAAAAGGUCGGGCCCGUGCUAGACGCAUCCAUUGUCAGCGACGAAUGCGGAGGGCACCAGGCUCACGGGAGCUUCACGGGGGCGUUUGUCGGCAUGGCAUGCUCGGACCUCAACGGGACGGCGACGGAGGCUCGGUUCGACCACUUUGUGUACAGGCCUGUGAAGCACGAGUCUGAUCGGUAUGAUGUGUGA